AUGGGGCUGCCAUUUUGUCGCGGCAGUUUAUUGGGACAAUGUCCAGUGAUUAUGUGGGCUUACGCCGGCUUUGGUGGCAGAAAAAGCCCUGCUUGGGGUGCACAGCUUGAAGGCUGGGAAGCAGCGCAGCAAAAACUGCUGAAGCAAAUGCGUGCCAAGUUUGCAGAGCAACCUGCAAGCCAAGCCAACCGUUUGCACGCCGUGCGGAAGAGCAACGCAAAGCAAAAAGUCAAAUUCUCUCUCGUGACCCUAGUUUUGUUUCACAUGCUGGGACUUCCCCGUUCCCUACUUUGGUCAGGAGCACUUUACCAUUACCACUUCAACUUCUAUUCGAUCCUUGCCACCAUCAACAUCUACCGGGUAUGGGCCACCAUACCUGUCUAUGCAUGUCCACUCUGGGCCGCCAGGUGA